CGUCAAAGUUUAAUUUUGUAAGACGAGUUUGUCUCCUUUUGUGUGCUAAAAAUAUUUUUUUCUUUUAACGUACAUUUAAAUCGUACGUGUUAAGUUUGUUGUUUGUUUUAAUAUGGGAAUAGAAAACAUGCGUCGCUGGCCUAUGUACAUCGUGUUUGCGGUGUGCAUUUUACUCACCCUUUCACUUUUCAAUAGCUGGAGCUUGGAGACCGAAUUACAAAACAGAGUAGGUGAAAUAAGUUCACAAUUACAGGAAUGUUCAAAAGCUCAAACGUCAUGUAUGGAAGAGUCGUUAAUCCUGCUAGAACAACGAGAUGGCUACAAUACAAAGAUGAAUGCGUUGCAACAAGACAAAAUAAAACUCAACAGUCAACUAUCGGAGUACAACAGUAAAGUAUUAAAAGCCGAAACUCAGGCAAAUCGUACACUAGUUGAUCUUGAUUUUUGUAAGACUGAGCUACAAAGUUUGAAGAAUCUCCAAGUCAGUAAGUCUGCAACAUUAGAAACAUUGCGAUUGGAAAAAGAUACACUUUCGACGCAAUUAGCUGAGAGAAAAGAAAAGAUAGAAGAAUUGGAAAAAGAGAUAUUGAAAUUAAAAUCAGCUUUAACCACAAAAAGUGCACCUAAUCCCUCGGUUCCUUCUAAGGUAACUCCAGCGGCUCAGCCUCCGAAAUUAAGUCCAGCAUUAAAUGUUCAUAAUCAAAUUAAUGAUCCUGCUUUGGAGAAUGAUGCUAAGGAAGAAAUUGAGGAUCCAAAUGUAUUAAAUGAUGGCAAUGAUUUUGAUCAACAAGUCUAGCCAAGGCAAGUAUAGUCAUCCCUCAGUAUGGUGUGAUACUAAAGUAUUUACUCUAUAGAUGUUAAAAGAUUCAGGUGAACUGGAAAUUAAGCUUGACUUUGAUCUUUAAAUUAAGAGUUCACUUGUUUAAUUCUAUAAUCAUAUUAUCAAAUAGGCAUUUUGUUACAAUUACCAAGCAUUAUUAAAUUUUUUAGUGUCAGUCCUACCAAAUUGUUAAAUUGUCUGACAAUAAUC